UUUAUGAUGCUCAGCAUCAGUUCGACUCCAACGAUUCCAAGCUAAACAAUAAGUAACAUUCAAAAUGAAAUACUACGUUCUAUUAGCCGUUGUAGCAGCAGUAGCUACAGCCCUUCCAGUUGAAUACAAUGAACAGGAAGAUGGUCAGGAAUUCUAUUUGGUACCCGUGAACCGCGAGAAAAGGCAAACGAAUUGGGGUAUUUCCAACACCGGUUUGGGUGCCAGCCACGCAGGUACCAUCUUCGACAACGGCAACCACAGGCUAGAUGGUAGCGCCUACGCUGCUAAAAACUUUGGAUCACAUGGACUUAGACCUGACCAAAUGGGAGGCCGGCUGGAUUACGCUCACAUGCCUUCCGGAUCCAAUGCUUUCAUAAAAGCUGAUAAUGCCCGCCACUACGGUACAGAUGUCAACGCAGGAGCUCAGUAUAAUUUUGUUCAUAGGAAAGAUCUCGAUGUGGGUGUUGUUGGUCAGUACGGGAGACAUUUUGGAGGACCGUUUGGGACUGGCAGACCGCAAAGUUACGUAGGACUUACUGCUACGGGAAGAUUUUAGAAGAUUUUUUGUUAUUUUAUUUAUUUGUAACUUAUUUAUGAAACUGUGUAUUUUUUAAUUGAAAGGUUAAAUAAAAUAUUGAUUGUAGU